AUGGAACAUAAAGCUUAUUGGGCUCUUAAAAGCCUGAAUUUUGAUCCCAAGGUGACAGGACUCAACCGCAAGCUUCAAUUGUUAGAAAUCGAGGAGUUAAGGAAUGAUGCUUAUGAUAGCUCUAGGAUCUAUAGGGCUAAAAUGAAAGUGAGCCAUGGCAAGCAGAUCCUAAGGAAAGAAUUUGAGCCAAACAAACGAGCGCAUCUUUAUGACUCUCCUCUACAUCUCCACCCUGGAAAGCAGAGAUCAAGGUGCUCUGGUUCAUAUGUUGUGAACACCGGCUUCCCAAACGAUGUCAUUAAGGUCACAGACCCAUCCGAUGGGAAGGUAUUCAAAGUAAAUGGCCAGAGACUGAAACACUACAUAGAGAGGGUAACCCAGUCUGAACAGAGAAUCAGUAUUCACUCUAUUGCUUGA